GCUGAAGACACGCUGGGCGCCUACGCGGUACUGCAGGCUGUAGCGCUCAGCGGCAAGUGCCAAGUCGUCGACGGUCGCGCGUGUACCGAACCUGGACGUGGACUCUGGCAACAACUCGCAUCCUGUUCUGCCCCGCUACGACCGUUUCAUCGCCUAUGCAACUAGCCUCCAAUAAUCAUUGUUGAUUUCUGUGCACAAUCCCGACCGACGUGCCAGGUGCUCCCGGUGUCCCUCCUUCAACAUCUCGUGGCAAGCUCAGGAUACAGUACGGAGCCGACGUCCUCUUGUGGACUCGAGUGUCCCUCUCAGCCGCAAGAUGGCCGCCACAGAACGUCCUAUCUUCCGGCUACUGCUGAUUGGCCUAGUGUUUCAUCUGGUGUACAUUGGCACUGUGUUCGACUGUUACUUCACGAGCCCAGUCGUCCAUGGCAUGCGAACGUUCAAGGCAAAGCAUGGAGAGGCAAAGCGUUUGGUUCUCAUCGUCGCGGACGGUCUGCGGGCGGACCUUGCAUUGGCGCAGAAUCCCUUCCCUUCAAUACCAUCUGCGCCUGAGUUCGCUGCGCCGUACCUUCGCUCUAUCAUUGAGUCCAGAGGUGCCUUUGGAAUAUCUCAUACACGCGUUCCUACAGAGAGUCGGCCUGGACAUGUGGCAUUGAUUGGUGGCAUGUACGAGGACGUGUCUGCAGUAACGAAAGGAUGGAAGACGAACCCAGUUGACUUCGACUCCGUCUUCAACCAAUCGAGCCAUACAUUCUCAUUCGGGUCUCCAGACAUCUUGCCCAUGUUUGCGAGGGGCGCAACACCGGGAAAGGUGGACAUGUGGUGCUACGAUGAGGACGAAGAAGACUUCACGAAGGACGCAACGGCACUAGAUGUGUGGGUACUGGAGCACCUGCGAACAUUGCUUCACAAUGCCACUACGGACCGUAACCUGGACCGCACGCUGCAUCAGGAACAGACCAUAUUUUUCCUCCAUCUACUCGGCCUCGACACUACAGGUCAUUCCUACCGGCCACACUCUCCAGAGUACAUGGCGAAUAUUCAGGUCGUCGACGCGAUUGUACACCAAGUCGAGCAGCUCUUCACCGACUUCUACAAGGACACCGAGACCGCAUACAUCUUCACUGCCGACCACGGGAUGUCCACGAUCGGCAACCACGGCGACGGACACCCAGACAACACCCGCACGCCGCUCGUCGCGUGGGGAAAAGGCGUGCGGGGGCCGCUCCCAGACAUCUCGCCCUCCUCGCACGACACCUAUUCCGCCGCAUGGCGCCUCGACCACCUCCUGCGGCGCGACGUCGAGCAGGCGGACGUCGCCGCUCUCAUGGCUGCGCUCCUCGGGGUGCACUGGCCCGUCAACUCCGUCGGCGUCCUGCCGGACGUCGACCCCGCGCGCCCGGGAUACAUGGAGCCUGCAGGAGGCGAACGGGCUCUGGCGGAGGUGGCGCUCGUGAACGCGAGGGCUGUGUUGGAGCAUUAUCGUGUGAAGCAUGAGCUCAAGGAGGCCCAUGCGCUGUUCUACAAACCGUUUCCGUACUUCGCAGGCUCCCCGUCAGGUGAUCCUGGAGCUGAGUAUGUGAGGGGUAUCGAGCUUCUCAUCGAACGAGGGGAGUACACAGAAGCGAGGACGAUGGCGCAGAGGCUCAUACGAGCAACGCUCGAUGGUCUCCGGUAUCUCGAAACGUACGACCGCACGCUUGUGCGCGGGAUCGUCCUGGCGGCAUACCUCGGCUGGAUCGCCUUCGGCGCAGCGUCCAUCUUCCUGGCUGAAGACAAAGCAGCGAGUGGGACACGGAGAAGACAAUUUUCCAGUUUGGACGCCUUGGCCGCGACGUCACUGGUAGCAUUCUGGGCGGCGUUCGCUAAACAGCGCUCGCCUUGGACGUUCUAUUUGUACAUCUGCUUCCCGGUGUAUUUUUGGCACCAGGCACUGCUCAAGGCAAAGGCACCGCUCACAGUAUACCUCAAUGCCUCGCAGGAUCAUGUCUCGGACAUCCUCCACUUUACGGUCAAAGGGGCGGCCGUUGUCGCUGCGUUGGAGGGCAUGGUGGUCGGCUAUACCCAUCGCGAAGUCUGGAGCGUCGGAUUCGUCGCGAUUGGUGUACUGUGGCCUGUGGUAUUCAUGCGGAGAGACGUGUGGUCGAAACAUGCUUUGCUGCUGCUGGGAUGGAUCGUUGCAUGUCUGACUACUGCGGUGUUCCCUAUGCUUAGCGUGGAUAAGCAAGAGGAUCUGCGUACCAUAACCGCUUGCGCGAUUUGCAUGCUCACUGCUGGUAUAGCGGCUGGCGUCAAGGUACGCGUAGACCUCAAGGAAGAACGUCGCUUCAGGUUCGCUCUCGCAUUCCAAUGUCUUUUGAUCGCUGCGAGCCUCCUAGUCACCAUCUCUUCCGCACGGAGCCUACGCGCCAAGGCUGGCCUUCCGCCGGUGAACCAGGUAGUUGGGUGGGCGAUCUUCCUGACGGCGUCGGCAUUUCCCUUCGUCUUCAGGUUCCAACGUCUACCUGGCCUCGCACGGCUGAUGGUGUUCUUCCUCGCGUUCUCCGUCUGCUUCGUCAUACUGGCGAUCAGCGUCGAGGGUCUCUUUUACGUCGCCUUCUCUGCCACACUCCUGUUGUGGGUUGAUGUCGAGGCCGCUGUGCAGACAACGCAAGAUCCGCGAAAUUCUGAUACAGCGAAGCUGUCCGCAUACAAACCGCGAUCCGAUGACUUCCGGAUCGCGGUGUUCUUCUUGUUCUUCGUACAGGUGGCUUUCUUCGGAACGGGAAAUGUUGCAUCGAUAUCGUCGUUUUACCUCGAACCCGUGUACCGUCUCGUCCCCGUCUUCAAUCCGUUCCUGAUGGCCGUGCUACUGAUAUUCAAGAUCAUCGCACCGUACAUCAUCCUAGCGAUGUGCCUCAAUUUACUAAACACUCGCCUGCACCUGCCUCCCUUCAGUCUAUUCCUCGUUGCACUGACACUCACAGACGUCAUGACCAUGACAUUCUUCUUCAAUGUCACCGAUACGGGAUCGUGGCUUGAGAUCGGCCAGUCUAUCACGUUCUUCGUCAUCAGCUCCUUGCUGCUCGUGUGGGCGGCAGGUACGUGUGCCGUAGGCGAAGUCCUCAUGGGCGAAAAGGAUGUCUUCGAGCGGACCAAGGGCAAGGUGGACUGAUUGUGGGUACUCAUUCCUCUCUGCACUUGUGCAUGGAGCAUGCUGCAGACGCCCCUUUGGCAAAAGGAUAACGUAUGGUAUAUUCUCCUGGCUAAUGAGAUUAUUUGCGAUGUGGUUGGAACAUUGACCGUUUGAUGAAGCUAUGCAUAACAUUGACACGGCCCACGAGUAUGGAAGAAUGGUCCCGUUUCCUAGAUUAUGUGGGACUCCUCGUUGACGCAAUCAAUGCACCUCGUACGGAGAGUAUCGAUCAAG